ACGAGGGAGGAGGUGAAGAGUGAGACAGGGUGGAGUGGAGAAAACAGUUGUUUAAAAAAAUGGAUGGUGGUGGUGAAGAAUGGAGUGGAGGGAAAAAGGAGCCGGAGGGCAAGAACAUGGAUAAAGGAGGAGGAGGCAGCAGCAGAAUGGAGAUAAAGAACUGUGGAGCCUAUUUUGCCAUGCAGGUGAUCUAUGUUCGGCGAAAGUGUAAAGUCUCUCCCCCUAUGACUUCAGGUCCACCAGAAUUUGAAAGAAUCUUCAGAGCCCAAGCAAAUUGCUCAGAAUACUUCCCACUAUUUCUUUCGCUCUUGUGGGUGGCUGGAGUCUUUUCCAAUCAAGUUUCGGCUGCAUUAUGUGGGUUACUUUAUCUGUAUGCUCGCUAUCAGUACUUUAGUGGAUAUGCACGUUGUGCUCAAGGAAGACUGCGUCCCUUGUACCUCAGUGCUGGAGUUCUUUGCAUUCUUAUUGGUUUGUCUGUGAUAGGACUUAUUGUUCAUUUUGUGUAACUUCCACAUUUUUUAUUCCAAAAGUGAGUUUCUGAGUCAGCAUUCAGUGCCCUUGUGCCGACAAGUUAUCCUGAUUACUCCACAAGUUUCAACUUUCAUUUUAUUUCUUCAAAUUAAAAUGGCUGUAUGUCAAUCUUCAAAAAA